CGAUACCGUGUUUUGUCGCCGGACAGCACUGGUUCGGAUUCUGAAAGCUCCACUUCAACCCUCUUGUUGCUUUUGAAUGGACAAUUAUAUCGGCUCCAACCGCACUGGCCAAGGGGUGGCUAAAGUCUACCCCUCUUCCGACUUCGACUGAGUAUGGGGGAUACCAACGCACAACCACGUUACUCAUGUACCAAAUCGUGAUCGAUUUUUCUUCCUUUUUUCUAGCAAUUAUGGGCUUAGUUGCAAUGACUGCAUCCCGGGGAGGGGAUUUCGUUUGGAAGAUUAAUUGGCCCCUCCACGGUAUAUGUGCUAAUGCGAUAUAAUCUACCCAUGGGCCAAGUUAAAACCGGCCACAUCGUAUGGCAAUUACCAUCUUGGAUAUCCGCUUUCAGCUCGGCCUCAUGUGUAGUCACUGAAAUAUUAUAAUGAUGCUCCUGAAAAGGCUACCUAUUCCACUGCCGUAGGGCCUUUUGUUGAAGGAAAACCUUCCGCCUCGGUUACAAAUGAGAGCAUACAAUCGAGUAUAGAGUACUUUUACGGCUCUUUCCUUGCCCUGCUGCAGAGUCCCGUGCAUAGAAAGCUCGAGUGGCUUGAAUAUGUCUCAGAGCAAGGAAUCCAUCCAAUCCCUUGCGAUUGACAGGAUCAAGUUCCGAUGUCGCACAGAGUGAUAUAAACUACCGGUAUCGAAUAUAGAGUUAAUUAUAUUUGAGUACAAGAUGUUACCCUCUGCAGAUAUUAAACCCUGUAUUAAGUUACUUGUACCGCGUAUCAGACGACACGGUUGUGGGAAACGGCCGAGUCUUGGCCUUCUACCAGCGCGGCCUAGUUGAAGUUGGUGACUUUGUAUGGGAACUGCUAGCCUAUGUCCAACUCCAACUCGGCCGCGCGCGAGUUGUGAUGAAUCAAUGCAAUCAGUGUGGUGGUGGUAUACCCAAAUCUCCCCUCCUUCUCUUGCUGGGUACAGGUAAUAAAUACAGCCCUCCCCCCCCCCUCUGCUCUUUCUCUUCAUUCCCUAAGUAAUAACAUCAAGUCUUUGCCAAUAUGUUAGCCAACAAGGUAUUGCUUUCAGCUUCUCUUUCACUCUUUUUCGCACUUGCUUCCGGGCUACCAAAAGAGCCACUGCUUGCCAGAAACUCCCCGAACGGUCGCUGUGGUCCUCAAUUCAACGGCUACUCCUGCUCUUCGUCAGCGGGUCAAUAUCAGUGCUGCUCACAGUACAAUUGGUGCGGAGACACCCUUGGCCACUGUGGUGCUGGAUGUCAACCCCUCUACGGAAAAUGCAAUGGCGCCUCAUCAAGUUCUGCCCCUACAACACCCCCGACUGGAACACCCACGCCUACAUCCACAACUUCAUCUACACCUACAUCAUCACCAGGUGCCCGUCUAAAGGUUGGAUCCGUACCCUACGGCAUGGACAUCUACAGCUGCAGCAGACCUGGUACAAUUGCACUAACCUAUGACGACGGGCCGUGGGUUUAUACUGAGCAAUUGCUGGACAAAUUGAAGGGCCAUGGGGUAAAGGCUACGUUCUUUGUAACGGGAAACAACCUUGAUAAGGGGGCGAUUGACUCUCCGGGGGGUUCUCGGUGGGCGGAUGCCAUUCGAAGAGCCUUUAACGAAGGUCAUCAAAUUGCCUCCCAUACCUGGGACCAUCUGGACUUGGAUAGCAUCAACGAGUCCAGCAGGAGAUUCCAAAUGACAAGACUAGAGCAGGCAUUGAUGACAAUUAUCGGCAGAGCCCCAACUUACAUGCGCCCGCCCUACAUCCGCUGCGGGACUGCCUGCAAAAAUACAAUGAAUGACCUAGCCUACCACGUCAUAAUCUGGGACUUGAAUACCGAUGACUACAAUAACGAUUCUCCUCAAUUGAUCGAGAACUCCAAACGUAUUGUCCGCGAUGCGAUCGUGGGCACCAGCCCGGCGAAUCGUGACUUUAUGUCUAUUGCACAUGACAUCCACGAACAGACUGUGCUUGCGUUGACAGAUUACCAGAUUGGGGUCGGUAAAAACGCCGGGUAUCAGCACGUCCGAUUGGGAGAAUGCCUUAACGACCCUGAGGCGAACUGGUAUAGGACCCUUUGAUUACGAUUGAGAUGUAUUUUUCUGUUAUGAAGCUGCGUGGUUUCUUGUUGGAGGGAAUAAUUUUUAGCCCCAUCUUUCUGUCGUAGGAUACGGCGGGGAGGGGCCUGUGUGUUAAUUAUUAAUGCAUUUAUCUUUUUUAAAGCGG